CUCUGCAAAAACGCAGCGUUUGCAACCCCGGACUUGUGAGCAUGGCCAUGGUCCCGGUACCUGAGUGUGAGGUGUGUAAUGAGAAGGUGCCAUUACCGCCACAGUUCGAAGAUAUGUCAUCUAGACUGCACCCAAGCCUAUUUGCGAGCCCAGAACGUCUCAUCCUUCGAAGUCGGAUCGACUCGAUUGAUAGACUGCCCUUGCGGCAAGGGGGUCUACGCACCAACUUGCGCAGUUUGUUGCGGAAGCCUACUGCCUCCAACAUCGCUUGCACCGAUGUGUGCUGCUCCAUGCGGCCGAGUGCUUGCUCACACAGUUUGCAUGUUGGCGGUAAGGGGCUUCGGAGCCCGGCGAGAUUGCCAGCUAUGCAGGCGGCCGUGGCUGUUGUGAUGCAAUCAAUGUACAUAUACGAAAUGUCCUAGGUCCUGGAGCAAAUGCAUUCGUAGACAACACAAAUGGUAGGCCAGCAUUUUGCCUGCUGGAAGUGUUUAAGUGUUGAGACGGGUUGCUUUGCUUGGAGGCACCAUCAAUUUCAGUCAAACAGGUGCUGCACAUUUAAUUCGAUGUUGGCUCAAUUAAGUCAGCUGAUAGGUUGCCACUUAGAUCCCUGACCUUUGCAUCAAUUUGGUUGUCCUUCGAGGAAACUUUGCUUGAAGAGCCUGAUCUCCCACUGGCAA